GAGCAAUGAGGAUGGAGAAAGAGUGACGUUUGCAGUCCUCCCCCGCUGGAAAGGUGAGGUUGGUGGUGGAGGAGCAGCGGGCUGCACGAGUCCCUCACUCGCGAUCACCACGAGGACAAGUACAGUUGUGCGCCCGCCCGUCCCCACGAAUAAUUAAAAAUGUGUGACGACGAGGUUGCUGCCCUGGUUGUGGACAAUGGUUCCGGUAUGUGCAAGGCAGGCUUCGCCGGGGACGACGCCCCCCGCGCCGUCUUCCCCUCCAUCGUGGGCCGACCCCGCCAUCAGGGCGUGAUGGUUGGUAUGGGCCAGAAGGACUCUUACGUGGGAGACGAGGCACAGAGCAAGCGUGGUAUUCUUACACUAAAAUAUCCCAUUGAGCACGGUAUCGUCACUAACUGGGAUGACAUGGAAAAGAUCUGGCAUCACACAUUUUACAAUGAGCUGCGUGUGGCCCCAGAGGAGCACCCAGUCCUGCUGACGGAGGCCCCCCUCAACCCAAAGGCCAACCGUGAGAAGAUGACUCAAAUUAUGUUCGAAACUUUCAACACUCCCGCUAUGUACGUAGCUAUCCAGGCCGUGCUCUCCCUGUACGCCUCUGGUCGUACCACCGGUAUUGUCUUGGACUCUGGUGAUGGCGUGUCACACACUGUUCCUAUCUAUGAGGGAUACGCCCUUCCCCAUGCUAUCCUGCGUCUGGACUUGGCCGGUCGUGACCUUACUGACUACCUUAUGAAGAUUCUCACCGAGCGUGGCUACACCUUCACAACUACUGCAGAGCGAGAAAUCGUUCGUGACAUUAAGGAAAAGUUGUGUUACGUUGCCCUAGACUUUGAGCAGGAAAUGACCACUGCCGCCUCAUCCUCUUCACUAGAAAAGUCUUACGAACUUCCUGACGGUCAGGUCAUUACCAUUGGCAACGAGAGGUUCCGUUGCCCCGAGGCACUUUUCCAGCCUUCAUUCCUUGGUAUGGAAUCUUGUGGCAUCCACGAGACUACCUACAACUCCAUCAUGAAGUGUGACGUAGAUAUCCGUAAGGAUCUGUACGCCAACACCGUGCUGUCCGGUGGCACCACCAUGUAUCCAGGCAUUGCAGACAGGAUGCAGAAGGAAAUCACUGCCUUGGCACCAUCCACCAUGAAGAUUAAGAUCAUUGCCCCACCAGAGCGCAAGUACUCUGUAUGGAUUGGCGGUUCCAUCUUGGCUUCCCUUUCUACCUUCCAACAGAUGUGGAUCAGCAAGCAAGAAUAUGAUGAAUCUGGCCCAUCCAUUGUCCACAGGAAGUGCUUCUAAAUUCCUGUCCUUUAUUUAGGUUAAAUGUACAUGAUUUAGGAUAUCAAUUUUUACAUUAUUCCAUUAGGAUAAGGAUUAUGUUUAUUUAAAAGGAAUAAAUUGAUUUCUACU